AUGUUUGAGGCCUUGCAAUUCGAAUCUGAGGCUGUUUCUCAGAAUAGAUCAGGGGAUGGUGCAUGGAGCUCCUCAUUGUUGAAGGUCCCUGUACUGAUCCCAAAGACCAGAGCCGUUCGUGUUACAACACUAUUGCAAACUCAAGACCCCGAUACGGUUUUUAGCUCGCUGCGCAGACACAACCCAGAGCUGAGAAAGUGGACAUCAAGGCAGUUUCCGGGCAGCGCCUUUGAAUACGCUCUGAAAAACGCAAACUUCGAAAAGCUCCAUCAGGAGUUCAGCGAGGUGUUUCGCCUGAAGAAGCUGAUAACUUUAGGUGACUCUGUGUGUGCAUUGUAUGUCGGGGACAUAUGCCAAGGCUCCGGCUUCAUGCUCGCCGGCGAUUUCAUCAUGACGAACGCACAUUUAUUAGAAAAUGCCCUUUUGGAAGACGGCAAAACAUUGGCCGUAUCAGUCAAAGCUUUGUUCAAUCAUGAAAAUAACCUGAUUGAAAGUGAAGUUCUUCUGAUGUAUGAGGCUUACAGUGGAGUGAUAGACUUGGACAAGGAGAUGGACUAUGCAGUUCUGCGUUUGAAAAGAGGUGCCAAACCAAUGCCCCCCGGACUCUUGCCUUAUUUUGGGCCCAAACCAAAUGCAGGAGGGGCUUGUAUCAUCGGGCAUCCAGGCGAUCAGGUGAAGAAAAUAGAUCUCACAUAUAUCAUCGGGAAGAAGGAAAGGGAAGCCGCAGCCAACCAACACCUGGAGCCGUACGACGAAUCUGCACGAAUGAUCAUCGUUAAAGAAGCAGUAGAGUCCGGCAUAAACGAAAUCUGGAGUUCGGAGGAGGUCAUUACUUACAACACUGUCUGUAUGUUCCACGGCUCGUCUGGCUCGCCGCUAAUGGACGCCAAUGGCAGAGUGGUGGGCAUACACUCGGCAGGCUUCGUCUACGAGUAUGAGGGAUUGAAGCACAGCGUCAUUGAGUAUGCACACCCGACCCUCCAGAUAUUCGCACGUUUUCUGUCCAACGUCGGGCCGUUGGACAUAGAAUCUGCACGAGACGUUGGGCAACUCUCGUCUACAAAUCCGUACCUCAGGGAUGUCAUUUUGGAAUAUCUGAUAUUGUAG